AUGAAGAAACAAGGGUAUAUACAAGGACAGGCUGACCACACCUUGUUCACAAAAUUCUCCCACGAUGGGAAAGUUGCUGUCCUGAUUGUUUAUGUUGAUGAUAUUGUCCUUACUGGAGACGAUACAGUGGAAAUGGCAAGAGUAAAAGAGAAAUUAGCAGUAGACUUUGAAAUCAAGGAUCUGGGAUUCAUGAGAUAUUUUCUAGGUAUGGAGGUUGCUCGAUCAAAAAAUGGUAUUGUGGUUUCACAGCAGAAAUACAUUAUAGACUUGUUGAAAGAAACAGGAAUGAGUGGAUGUCGUCCUGCAGAUACCCUAUGGAUCCUAAUGCUAAACUUUGGGGAGAAGGAACAUCUUGAGGCAGUAUAUAGGAAACUGAGAUAUUUGAAGGGAAAUCCUGGAAAAGGAUUAUUUUUUAAGAAGACUAGUGAAAAAAAUGUGUCUAUCUUCACCGAUGCCGAUUGGGCAGGUUCAGUCACAGAUAGAAGAUCAACAUCUGGAUAUUGUACCUAUGUUUGGGGUACUCUUGUGACAUGGAGGAGCAAGAAACAAGGAGUUGUAGGAGUAGUGCAGAGGCCGAGUUUAGAGCUAUGUCUCAAGGUAUUUGUGAAGGAUUAUGGAUCCUUAGAGUCCUAG